AUGAUAAUAAAUACUUCGCUACCAAGUCCAUCUUCCUCUUCUUCAAAUUCGUUAAAAUCAUCGUACUUCACACCAUUAAACUUUAUUGAAAAUACUGAUAAAUAUUAUGAAGAUGGAGAAUGGCAAGCAUUCGUCCAAGAAGAUGAGUCAAUUAUUGGAAUUCAUAGUAUCGAUUACAAUGUAAACAAUUUAACAAAUGAUACAUUACAACAUAAAUCAGGUUCAUCAGCAUCAAAAACUUCCUUAGAAGUCAAUCCCGCACCUGCCAAUAAUUCAUCCGCAGUCCUACAUGAUGACUUACUAUUAAAUUUAAAUCGCAUGGAUGAUCUUCAACAUACAAAUUCUUUUUCCUUAACAACACCUAUACCGAUUGCAAUUCCAACAACACCUUCUUCAUCGACGGUAUCAUUAUUAGCUUCAUCACCUGGUUCUGAUAUACAAAUUGAUCGAGACAAUUCAAAUGUUUGGAAAAAUUUCCUCUUUUCUUAUGCACGAGGAAAUUUUAAUCCUUUAAUUAUACCAAAAAAACCGACUAAAUUAAAUCUUCAUAGAAGAAAUAAAAAUGCUAGUCAUUAUAGUAAAAUGAGCAUUCAAACUAGUCCAUUAAGUACAGAUAAUAUUAAAGAUAUUAUCAAUGAUAAAGAUUUUGUUAUUAAUGAAUGGAGAAAUAUUAGUGCUCAACACAUGGAAGGAUAUUCUUUUAGUGAGCAUGAUACGAAUAUUCCUAAACGUAGGAGAGCGUUGUGGAAAUUUCAAAUACUCAACACAUCAAAUGAUGUUAAUUUUACCCGUAUUGUUGCAUUAGCAAAAGAACAUUUUAAAGUAUCAAUAUCCCUAAUAUCACUUGUAAACACCACUCAUCAAUGGUUUAAAGCGGAGGAUGGAUUAGGAUGUAAUGGAACAACCAGAGGAAUAAGUUUUUGUGGACAUGCCAUAUUACAAGAGAAUGGGGAACCAUUCGUUGUACCUGAUACCCAAUUGGAUUGGAGAUUUCACAAAAACCCUUUGGUCACGGAUUCUCCGUUCAUAAGAUUUUAUGCUGGUGCUCCAUUACAAACUGAAGAUGGUCAUAAUAUCGGUACGAUAUGUUUAAUCGAUGAUAAACCAAGGGAUGAUUUCACUGAAAAAGAUUGUGAAAUCUUGAAAGAUUUUGCAAAAGUGGUUAUGAGGGAAUUAGAAUUAUGGGUUGAUACUUUACGUUUACGUGUAAGGAAUGAAAUGCAACAAAGUAUUGCCGAAUUUAGUAAAUUUUGUUUGGAAAUUCAAUUGACCAAUAAUGAAGAAAAUGGGUUAAGUUCUAACACCGGUAUUGUCGGUGACCCUAUCAUGAAGCGAUGUUUUAACAUGGCUGUUAAAUUAAUGAGGGAUACUUUAAAUAUAGAUUUCGUUUAUUUAUUAGAGAUGCCAUCUAGUCCAAUAAUAUCAACUACUUGUUCAUCAAAUGGGUUCUUUCUAAAUAGUCCUCCUCCUGAUAUAUCAACAAAAUAUUUAAAGUUUCUUGCUUCCGCUGGUCCAAUCGAAUUGUCUUCUGAGGCGUUAACAGCAUCGGUGAAUACUUCUUUCCUUUCUUACAUGAUGCAACAUUAUUCGCAAGGUUAUAUUUAUCAAAAUGCCUUACCUCCUUUACCUACCUUAUUUCCGGAUGAUGUACAUUCUGGUAUUGUGGUACCUAUUUAUGAUGAUUCACAAAAUGCUUUUGGUUUCUUAAUUGCGAUGACAAAAGAUCCACUGAGACAAUUUGAGGAUGAAGAACGUGUUUACUUAAGUAAUUUUGGUGUGAACGUCGUUAGUGAAGUAUUAAAGAGAAGGGUGAUCGUCGCCGAUCGAGCAAAAGGUACAUUCAUCUCUUCUAUUUCUCAUGAAUUAAGAACCCCUCUUCAUGGUAUUCUAGCAAGUUGUGAGUUAUUGGAAGAAAGUAAAUUAAAUGAUGCCCAAUCGGAGUUGAUUAAGACCAUACAUGGUUGUGGGACUUCUUUAAUUAGUAUUAUUAAUAGCGUAUUGAACUUUGCUAAAUUAGAGAGUGAAAAACAAGAUUAUGCUGACGAUCAAAUAUUUGGCGAGAACGAAAUUCGACGUGAUAUUAAUAGCACUGAUCGUAAUAACAAUGGCAAAAAGAAGAAGGAACGUGUUAAUUUAGUCAAGUUGGUGGAAGAAGUUGCUGAAGCUUGCGUUGUUGGUCAACAAAUGGUUACUGCCGUUUAUAGUAGUAAUAAUUAUUCCCUUAAUAAGGGUGAUAACGAUGAAUUUUUUCGUACACAAGCAAGAAGGAAACAUGUUUCUGAAUUACUACAUCCUCACCAAUUUCAACAUCAAAAUAAAAGUGAUUCCUUGGAACAAACUGAAGAUGUAUAUGUUUUGAUUGAUAUUGAGCCUAGGGAUGCUGGUUGGUGCGUUAUGGCUGAUGAUGGUGCCAUAAAACAAAUGUUAAUGAAUGGAUAUGUGCUAGUAUCAUUAACUACAAUACCAUGUUCAUCAUUAUGUGAACAAUAUAAGAAGCAUACGAGGGAUUUCCCAUCAAAAUUUCAUGCAUUAUUAACGAUCACGGAUACGGGACAUGGUAUCUCUCCAUCAUUUUUAACGACAAAUAUAUUUCAACCCUUUUCUCAAGAAAAUUCACUACAAGUAGGAACCGGAUUAGGACUAUCUAUUGUUAAAUUAUUAGUAGAGAAGAUGGGUGGUAGAUUAGAUAUUGAGAGCGAAGUUGGAGUUGGUACAAGGGUUAGGAUUUGGUUGGAUUUUGAUCAAUUUCCAUCUAACAUUGAAAAACGUUCAAGUUUCUCUUAUAAAGAUGAAAAACAGCGACGAACCAUUCUUGAGGCAAUAAAGGAAAAAACAUUUGUAGUUAAAUGCACCAAGGGUAAACUUAAAGAAAUGGUAGAAAAAUGUUUAAAUAACUGGUUUAAAGUGAAACAAAUUAUUGUUGAGGAAAAUGGUGGUGAUAUUGAGGGCGAUAUUAUAUUUAUUAAUGAUGAUCUUGAUCAACUAAAAAGAAUAUUAUCUAAAGUUAAUCCCAAGUUAACUCCUGUGGUGUUUGUUACUUCUUUGGCUAAACAUGGUAAAACUGCUGAUUUUGUUGAGAAAUUACAAGAUGAAGAAGGAAAUUUUAAAGACGGAAAGAGAAAACGAAAGGUUGUUAUACUUUCACGACCUUGUGGUCCUCAUAAAUUAGAAAACGCCAUUGUUUCUGUUUUUUCAAAUUUAAAACUUGAUGAUAACGCUGCCAAAGAAGUGAAUUCAGUACAACAUUUGGAUGAUGAUUCCCAACCACAGAAUUUGAAAACAACUUCAAAUGAUAAUGUUUUAAAAUAUUAUAAUUAUUCUUCUUCGGAAGAAACAUUAAUUUCGAGACAACGAUCUCCAUCGAUUACUCCUCCUACAACUCCAAAAGUUAUUAUCAAAUUUGAUGAUCAUUCAACUGAACCGAAAGCACAGCUUACAAACGUACUACCUUCACGACCUUCUUUCAAUCGGUCUAAUACAUUGCCAAACAUUCACUUACAAUCACCUUCAAAUCGUGAGGCCAAAUUCUUAGCAAUUCCCAAAUCGACCACACCUCCACCUACUUUAAUAUCAACUUCAUUACCAAGCACCUAUUCUAGUAAUAAGGAUAAUACUUUAUGUCAAUUGAAGAAAUCUCCGUCUUAUAAUUCCCUCAACACGUCAAAUUUUUCUAAGCGACCUACUUCGGGACCUAGAGUAUUGGUGGUUGAGGAUAAUGCUAUUAAUAGAAUGAUUUUAGCUACGUUUUUGAAAAAACGCGAUAUUAAAUUUGAAGAGGCUGAAAACGGUGCGAUUGGCGUUGAAAAAUUCCGAAGAGCAUUGGAAGAAGAUGGCAGAGAAAAUCCUAAACGAAAAGGAUUUGAUAUUGUUCUUAUGGAUAUACAAAUGCCUAUUAUGAAUGGUAACAAAGCAACAGCCGAAAUACGUAAAAUUGAAUAUGAAUUGAAUCCAAAACAACUUCCAAAAUUAUCACCUUUGUCAGAAUAUCCCAAAUCAUCAUUGCCAGAAGAAGAUUACUUUUCAACGCCUUUGAUGACUCCCUCACUUUUCAAUCGAUUUCCUACUACCAAUGAUUCUACUAUUUCAGGUUUUUCUUCAUACAUUAACAAUAGAUAUGCUCCAAUACCAAUUCAAAGCACAGACAAUAAUUUAAGUGCAAACGCACAAAAACAAAAGAAUAAAUUAUCAUAUAGAAGAAUUUCACAUCCCGAGCGACUCUCUCUUCACUAUAAUUAUAAUUCAUUGAAUGAAAAAUCUAAUCCUUCUAAAUUAUCACCGCCACUAUUAGAAUCUAAAAUUACUGAAGGUUCAGACUUAUCUCCAUUGCCUUCUCCCUUACAAUACUCGACAUUUCAUUCUUCUCGUUCUUUAAUAUUUGCUUUAACCGGUUUAGCUAGUGAAAAAGAUAAAAACAUUGCUUUUGAGAGCGGUGUUGAUGGUUUUUUGACUAAACCAGUUAGUUUAAAAACGUUGGAAAAAAUAUUUAAAAAAUGGUCUGAAAGGAAAUGA